AGGAAGAGGAAAGAGAAGGAAGAAAAAGCUAAGGAGGAAUCUCAAUAGAGGCCAGGAGGUUGGUGAAGGACGUUCUGGUUUCCUCUGGCCUGGUCUUAAUGCUUCUGUCAUACAAAGUGGGAGAGUCUAGACAGUUACCCAGCGAAAAAAAGAAGAACCAGAGAGAAUUCAGUCUGAUAUUGUUCAACAGAGAGAUACAUGGCAGAAGAAAAGAAAAAUAAAAGUAAAGAGAGAGGGAGGAUGGAGUGGAAAGUGUUGGGGAGGUGUCAUUCUGGAUCCUCCUGACCCAGGUCCUCAUGGAGAAACUUACGAAAGAUUUUGAAACAAGAAUCAUUGAGGUGAAAAAUGUGUUUUGUAUGAAGGCAAAGGAAGGCAGAAAAAGAUCAAUACAUGCCUUAGUGGCUAUUGGAAAUGGUAAAGGGGCUGCAGGUUUUGCGAUAGGGAAAGCAGGUGACAGGAUGAAUGCUUUACAAAAAGCAAAGAAUAAAGCAAUACGCUGCUUACAUUAUAUAGAGCUGUAUCAGAACCACACAAUUUACCAUGACAUUACAGUGAAAUUUAAAAGGACAACCAUCCACAUGAAGAAGCAAAACAAAGGUUAUAGUCUUCAUUGCCACCGAGCUAUCAUCACCAUCUGCAAAUUAAUUGACAUUAGAGACAUGUGUGCCAAGGUUUCUGGAUCCAAAAACUUGAUUAACAUUACCAGAGCUCUCUUUAAAGGCUUGACACAACAGGAAACUCACCAACAGCUAGCAAACCAGAAGAGUCUCUACGUAGUGGAGUUUCGGGAGGAGCAGGGCCCUCUGCCCAUCGUUGUGGCACUCCCAGAGGGGACUGUCCGUGAGGAUCCCGAGCCUGAAGAUGUAGUUCCUGACACAAAGUUGGAGUGGAGUGAGGUCAAAGCAGCUCAGGGAAUGACAAGAUCUCCCUGGAUAAAUGUCAGACGGAUGGCAUGGUAAAAACUUCAGUCCGUCUCUUCUGCUCAGAGAUGCAACUGGAAAAGCCCAGCCCAACUGGACAGGUUGUCUGGGCUUCUAUUUCAGAGAGCACCAGUAGCUCCCUCUCAUGCCAUUCAUAUUGCUGCUCCCAUCCCUACCAUUCAGAACAUUGUUUGCUUUCCCACAAUUCUUCUGACCAGUGUUCAACUAGGAACAUUCAGAUGGAAACAGACAGUGAACAUGACUUUGUCUUCAAGCAUGCAUUUACUUGAUUCCUGAAAAAGAUGGUGUUUAAUCAACAGAUCCCAUGUUUCCUUCACAAGCUCUUGGGAAACUACUGAAAAGAUUGUGAAAGCAAUAAAGAAUCCUCAGAAUUA